AUGAAAGGCCCUUCAAGUGCAGCAAAACCUGGUUACUUCUUUUAUCACCAAGCUAAUGAGGAAACUCGUUUGAUCUUUAACCGUCGCCCAUUUGAAUCUACUGGUCCUUCAAUAUUUCUCUAUAAUGAAGUCUUUGGACUAUUCUUACAGGAUUUCAAGGAUGUAUCUAUCCCUAAUGAUUUUUACAAAUGGACUAAAGAACUCCUUUGGAUUGCAGCAUCUGGAUAUAAGGAUGAAAAAACUCGCCAAGGAAUCAUGAUGGAAAAGUUUCAAGAACUUUGGGGUGUUGUACAUAAAGAACAGAAUCCUGAUAAUAGUGCAAGUGAUGGUGUACUAACAAUUUCAGUCAAAAACCAACUAGCUUAUAAAGCCAUUUUUGAAAUUAAAAAUGAAGUUGGUUCUGACAAAGUAGUAGUUGAACCAUUGACAGAUAUGAUCUUUCUAGCAGAUCCAGUAGAUGAUGAUGAUAAGUUUUGUCAGAUUAUUCGAUUGUUUGUAGCAUUAACUAAUGCUUUUGAUCACCUUCAUCAAUUCUAUUCAAAUUCGGACACAACUCUAUCUGAGAUAUCAUUGAAUGAGAUUCCAAAUGAUUAUUUUUUACAAGACAAAUUUUUCCCUUAUAUUCGGGAAUUUAUAAUAGAAGAUAAGAAAUUCCAUUUUACCUAUGAUGGUCCACUAACUAAGAAUUAUGCAAAACCAAUUUGGAAAGCACGAUUGGAUGAUAACACUGAGAUAGUUGUAAAAUUUGCAAAAAGAUAUAACAGUGAAGCACACAAGAUCUGUUAUCAUAAAGAUCUUGCUCCAGGACUGAUCUUUGUUAGUGAAAAUAUAUAUAAUGGAUUUUAUAUGAUUAUUAUGAAGUACAUUGAUGGUAUUCAACUAGACAAUCUUAUAACAGAUACUCAUUGCACCCAAGAAACUUUAAUAAACAUCUAUAAGGAUAUAAAAAUUGCUAUUGAUGAGUUGCAUUGUAACAAUAUUGUAUUUGCAGACCUUAGACCUCCAAACAUCUUAAUUAGAGUUUUAGAUGGUAAGCAUAAAGUAACUCUUGUAGUUUUUGAUUGGUGUGGAAGAGAUAGAGUGGAUAGAUACCCAGCAUCAAUAAAUUGGGAACAACCAUGGCAUAAUGAUGUUAAACCCAAUGGUUUACUUAAAAAAGAAUAUGAUUAUCAUAUGCUUGACCAAUUAAAGGACUUACUACAUGAACUUGAUAAUGGAGAUCACAAAUAA